AAAUCAUCUCCUUUCCCCAAAAGGAGAGGAGUGCUGGGCCAGCGUGUGGGAGUGAGGACCUGCCUAUCAGGAACUCUUCUUGGGCAGGGGCCAGUGGGGCGGGGCAGAGCCAGCCCAGCCCUCCCCUCUUCUCCCAGGCAGAGCAUGAAUGGUCGUGUGACCACUGAGCAGCGGGGCAGAUCCUAACCCAAUUCCACGCCCCGGGAGGGUGAAGAGUGACGUCGCACUGGGCCUGGGUCCUGCCUCCCUGCUGUUCUAGCACCCCCAGCCCCCUGACCCACCUGCCGCCUGCCCUCUCCUCCAGCUGCUGGGCUUCUUGCCCCGCUUUGCCUUGGUUACAAUUCCUCCUUCCCCACUGGCUUGUUGUGCUCCUAUGUACCCUGUAAGGCCCCAUGCAAAGGCCCCAGUCCAAGCAGGAAGCUCACCCCUUGUGUCCUCUCCAGAUGCUAAGCUUGUCGAGUGCAGGUGUGGUGUCUGCUUCCCUUGUAGCCUGUGCCUGACCUGCACCGAGACACUAUGGCCCAUGUGGCACCCCCAACCCAUCACUGAGGAACCACGGACCACGUGGCACCCCACGCCAUCAUUGAGGGAACCCGGCCCACGUGGUAGCCCCACCCCAUCAUUGAGGGGCCUCUUUGCUGCUAUCACCUGAUGGGGGGCUUUGCCCAGUGGAUGGGGGACCCUGGCUCCCUGCCCGACUCUGCGGUCAGGACUUAUCCAGAUCUGCUCUUCCCUGAUUUGGCUGCACCUGCCGGGUUCCUGGGACCCAGGCCAGGCCUCCUCAGGCCUCCUCGUGUGGGCCCCGCCUCCCUGUCUGGAGGCAUCAUGCUUCCUUCAGGCCCAGUCAGCCCGGGCUGCCACAGCAGACACCACAGACAGGAUGGCCCCAGCAGCAGACAUAUGCUUCUCACGGUUCUGGAGGCCGGAAGGCGCGUGACCUCAAGCCAGCGUGGCGGGUUCCUAGGGAGGGCCCCCCUCCUGGCCUGCAGGUGCCACUUUCUCUCUGUGCCCCCGUGUAGGGAGUGAGGGUGGGGAGUGGAAGCUGCACUCUGGUGUCUUCCUUGUCUCAGAAGGACACGAAUCCCAUUACAGGGUCUCCACCCGCCCUCACAACCUCGUCCAACCCUGACAUGUCCCAGAGGCCCCACCUCCAGGCACCGCCACGCUGUGUGUUAGGGGUUUGGCCCGUGGAUUCUGGGGGCGCACAGUCCAUUGCACCAAACUCUCGGCCUCUCCAGAUCCCCUGGGGUGCAGAGCUCAGGGUCGCCGUCCCAUCACAGUCUCCCAGGGGGCCCUGCCUGGGUAGAGGUCCCCUGACCUGCUCCCACCUCUGGUCCCAGGAGCGCAGCCCUGUCAGCUCCCGAACCCCAGGGAAGGGGAUGGCUCAUCCACUAGGCUCUUUCCAGCCCUGAGCCAUUCACGGGUGGUCAGGGUGGGAUCAGAUUCAGGCCUGUCCUGGGUUGAGACCCCCUAAGCCCUGGGCCGGCACCCAGUGGAUUUGAGGACAAGAUGUUACAGAGAUGAGGGGAGGCCCAGACCUGUGUGGCCCAAGGACCUGGGCUUGGCCGAAGGAUGGGAGGUGGGGUGGGGUUGGCACAGCCCGGCCUGGGCACUCAUGGGCUGCCAUUUCCACAGGUACUUCCGGGUCAUCCUCCUCCUCCUCCUGGCCCUGACUCUGCUGGUGCUGGCCAGAUUCCUUCUCACGGACUUAGAGCUUGUCACACCCCUGUUUGGGGGCCAGGCCAAGGGGCCGCCCGUGACCAACAUCAUGUUCCUGAAGACGCACAAGACGGCCAGCAGCACGGUCCUCAACAUCCUCUACCGCUUUGCCGAGACCCACAACCUGUCCGUGGCACUGCCCGCCGGCUUGCACGUCCACCUGGGCUAUCCUAGGCUCUUCCUGGCACGCUACGUGGAAGGCGUAGAGCUGCAGCAGCACUUCAACAUCAUGUGCAACCACCUGAGGUUCAACCUGCCUGAGGUGCAGAAAGUCAUGCCAAACAACACCUUCUACUUCUCCAUCCUGAGGAACCCCGUGUUCCAGCUGGAGUCCUCCUUCAUCUACUACAAAACCUACACCCCCGCCUUCCUGCGCGCCCCGAGCCUGGACGCGUUCCUGGCCUCGCCGCGGACGUUCUACAACGACAGCCGCCUCCUCAAGAACGUCUACGCCAAGAACAACAUGUGGUUCGACUUCGGCUUCGACCCCAACGCGCCGCGCGAGGAGGGCUACGUGCGCGCGCGCAUCGCGGAGGUGGAGCGGCGCUUCCAGCUGGUGCUCAUCGCGGAGCACCUGGACGAGUCCCUGGUGCUGCUGCGGCGCCGGCUGCGCUGGGCGCUGGACGAUGUGGUGGCCUUCAGGAUCAACGCCCGCAGCGCGCGCUCCGUGACCCGCCUGGCGCCCGAGACCCGGGAGCGCGCGCGGAGCUGGUGCGCGCUGGACUGGCGCCUGUACGAGCAUUUCAACCGCAGCCUCUGGGGGCAGCUGCGCGCCGAGCUGGGGCCACGGCGGCUGCGCGGGGAGGUGGAGCGGCUGCGCGCCCGGAGGCGCGAACUCGCGACCCUGUGCCUGCAAGACGGCGGCGAGCCCAAGAACCGCACGCAGAUCAGAGACCUGCGCCUGCGCCCCUACCAGUCCGGCAGGGCCGACAUCCUGGGCUACAACCUCCGGCCGGGCCUGGACAACCAGACGCUGCGCGUGUGCCAGAGGCUGGUGAUGCCUGAGCUCCAGUACAUGGCCCACCUGUACGCCCUGCAGUUCCCGGAGAAGCCCCGCAAGAACAUCCCGUUCCUGGGGGAGUAGAGGGGCCGGGGCUGGGGUCGGGACCUCCUGCGGACAGCAGCCCCUCUCUCCGCCAUCACCGGGGAGGCCGGGGAUCCUCGCAGGGCUUCUGGGGCGUUGGGAAACCCAGGCCCACCGGCUACGGCUCUAAAAUGAAGAGGGUGGAGACCCCAGUAAGGAGCCGCCCACCCCGACGAUCCGCCCAGAUCCCUCCCAGAGAGCGCCCUGAGCCCAGGCGGCAGCCCCCCUCCCCCCGCCCCCGGGUCCGAGGCUGUGCCUCUCUUCACUGAAUAGGACUGAACAGGAGGGCGGGGGAGUAGGGGAAGCUGGAUGGCAGGUCAGCACCUGCCCGGCAGGAAGCGCAUGCCCGUGAGCCCCGGGUCUCCCGAGGGUCCUGGGCACUGGGGCUGUGGGUCCUCGGAGGAACUCAGAGUGGCUCCCCUGAAUUUCCUGGCGCUGGCAACAAGGUGCUGGUCCCAGAGACAGCUGCAGGCACAGGCAGUGCCACAAAGACCAGCCCGGAAAUGGGGCAGGGGCAAGGGGUCAGCCGCUCCCGAACAGCUCCCCAUCUUUAGCUGCAGGAGGUUUGGUUCUGAUGGAAGGACGUUUUCUACAGAGAUGGCACAGCUGCUCACAAGACCAGAGCUCUAGCUCGGCUCCACGACCCCUGCUGGUCAGCCCCUAAUGCCCCGUGAAGGAGAGGACGUCUCACUUGCCAGAGUGGUUGGGGGUCCACAUACCCUUGGUUGCCUUGGAGACCAUGUUGGGUAUGGUGCCAGAGGGCAGCUGUGGGCAGCCCUCUUCGUCAUUCACACGGAGGGACAGAGCCUCCCUGCCUGGCAGGACGUGAUCCCUGGCUGCCAGGGGCUCAGCGGGUAAAGGGGUGCACAUGCUGGGACCAGCCGAUGCCUGGGGCACCCAGGAAACGCAGCUACUCUGCUGCACACCAGCCUGGAGGUUGAGACCCCAGCAGUGGAUCUAGGCCUGCAGGUCUAGGUGUGUCCUUGCUUUUUUUGGGGGGGCAGGGAACCAGUAUUUCAAAGAAGAGAGAGAACCCAAACCAGCAGCAUAGGCAGCUCCCUCAGACCCCAGUGUAAUGGGGGAGCUUUGAAAGGAAUGAGGCACAUUCCCCAUAUAUCUCCCAACUUCCUGAGUCCAGCACAAACACAUUCCUCCAUAUUUCUUUCAAACUUCAGAAAAACAUCACCUGGGAGAUCUCCGAUAAGGAAUGCUAAAUGUAUAAUGUUAACCAAUUGUAAUGCUGUAACCGAGAGGAUUACCUUGUUCCCUGUAACUUUACAUAUCCUGUUUACAUCGGGCUAUAAAAAGCAAGCACUCGCAUUGUUCGAGGCCCUCCUGUAUGCUGUGGAAUGGAGGGACCAAGUUCGAACUUGUAGUGAAGAUCCUUGCCGCUUGGCUUUGACUCUGGACUCUGGUGGUCUUCUUUGGGGAACAAACAGUCUGGGCAUAACAGCUUCAGGAAGAGUGAAUUUUCAGUGAGAGUCGGCUGUGAAGAAUGGCACGAGCUCUACUGAGUCAGAGUCAGCCAGGGACCUCAGCAGGUCACCCUCCCUCCUCAGCCCAGGGACCUCUGCAGGCCGCCCACCCUCCCUCCC